UUUCACACACAAAAAAACACUUAGCCACUUGGGUUACUAUAUAUACUUCGGCCAUGGAAGCUUCUCCGGCCACCGUCCUCCUCCUUCUCCUCGCCUCCGUCACCGGAACCCUAGCUCAGUCGGCUCCGGCGGCGGCUCCGGCGCCUCCAGGGCCCACAAACGUGACAAAGAUCCUGGAAAAGGCGGGACAGUUCACUGUCUUCAUACGCCUGUUGAAAGCCACCGGAGUGGCGAACCAGCUGUACGGACAACUGAACAAUUCCGACAACGGGAUAACGAUCUUCGCGCCGAGUGACUCGGCCUUCUCGGUGCUGAAGUCAGGGACCUUGAACUCGCUCACGGACGAGCAGCAGACCGAGCUGGUUCAGUUCCACGUCAUACCCACGUUCAUAUCCUCCUCCAACUUCCAGACGGUGAGCAACCCUCUCCGGACCCAGGCCGGAGAUUCCGCCGACGGGCAUUUUCCGUUGAACGUCACGACCAAUGGCAGCUCCGUAAAUAUCACGUCGGGGCUCACCAACACCACCGUCUCCGGCAACGUUUACAGCGACGGCCAGCUCGCUAUUUACCAGGUCGACCAGGUAUUGCGGCCUCAACAGGUGUUCGAUCCUCGCCCUCCGGCGCCGGCGCCAGCGCCGGCGAAGUCGAAGAAGAAGAAGGGUCCCGAGGAAAGUCCCGACGAAGACUCUCCGGCCGAUGCCUCCUUUGCUCUUCGUCUCGUUGGUUCUUUUCGUGAUACGUCGUCGUUUUCCGUCUUCAUUGGAUUUCUUAUUGUAUGGUUCUAUUUGUGAUGAGAAUUGGAUCAUAAAGAGUGAUUCCUUUUGUUAUUUUGUGCCUGAAAUUCCGUGUUAAUCUUUUUUUUUAAUGUUUUGAUUCAUUGGUACUUA